AUGGGUCUCAAGUUUAGACAUGGAGUGAUGAUCGUAGUUAUUAUGAGUGCUUCAAUGUUUUCAGUGAGCAUGGCCAACAAGGAUUGGUUCCCUGGUUUCAACUACACCGAUUGGUGGUCCAGAUUUGGGAAUCACCCUCACAACAAAACACAGCAAGAGCCCAGAGAGAUUGUCGUGGGUGGUUCUGAGCAUUGGCACUUUGGCUACAACUACUCCGAUUGGGCCUUCAAGAAUGCCCCAUUUUACAUCAAUGAUACUCUAGUUUUCAAAUAUGAUGCUCCCAGCGCCACCAGUUUCCCACACAGUGUGUACAUGUUCAAAAGCUAUGAGAGCUUCUUCAAGUGUGACGUGAAAAGGCAAAGGUGGUGGCAAGUCCCGUGCAAGGUGGAGGAGAGGGGUUCAAGUUUGUGUUGA